GAAUCUUUGCUUCGGCUGCUUUCUCCUUCAUCAUCCUCGUCUCCACGUCCACAAAAUAACCUUCGAUGAGCCCGGAUCCGCAUGGUGAUUGGUGUAUUCCGUGUUUGGCAUCUGGCGGAGUUAAAGGGUUAGAAACAAGAGACUUGGAGGAAAUGGAUGUUCGGUUCUAACUUGAUAUCAUCUUUUCCGCAAGCAAGCACUGUUCUCAACCUCUUCUUGCCUCAAGCGCAGAUAUUUCAACCAAUUAUCCCUGCCACUACAGAGGGAUACUUGGUGUAGCGAAGGAACUAUCCUUUCAUGCCUGUAGAGAUUUCCUGAAAUCUCAUAUCAACGCCCUUGCCGAUUUCAAUAUCAGAACUGCUUGCGUUGACUCAGGGAGUCGUAUAUCGGAUCGUACCGUAGUCAACCAUGACAAGCCUCAAGCGACCAAGGACGGCCGAUCCGUCCUCACUGGCGCUAUCAAGCCGAGUUUAUGUCAGAUCAACUAAAUCCGGCAAGGUCCAAAAGAUUGUGAGGGAAGUCUAUCUCCGAGAUGAUAUUCCUUGCUCCUCAAGACUGUGCUCAACAUGCCUUCUGAAUAGCCUAGAGGGGUACAACAAACAAGCUCCAAAGCCCAAGCUAUCGGAUCAGCCAGCGCGCACAGGGGCAUAUACAAAUGGCCAUUAUCUUGUCCCUGACACCAAUGCAUUCCUCAGCGCCAUGGACGUCUUCGAGGUCGAGAGUGCCUUCAAAGAUGUCGUCGUUCUCCAAACAGUCCUUGAAGAGGUCAAGAACAGGUCUCUGCCUCUCUAUAAUCGACUCGUCAGUUUGACUCGUAACGACGACAAGCGAUUCUAUGUUUUCUUCAACGAGUUCCGAAAGGAAACUCACGUUGAACGAGGAACUGGCGAAAGCAUCAAUGACCGCAAUGAUCGAGCUGUCCGUAAGGUCGUGGCUUGGUAUCAGGCGCAUCUGCAACAGGAAAUUAAGGGUUCAAAGAAAAAGGCGAAACUUCCCACUAUUGUCAUGCUUAGCGACGACAAAGAGAACGUUAAAAAAGCGAAGUCAGAAGGGUUGGACGCUGUGCCCCUGAAGGAAUACAUAUCCACUCUACCAGACGCCACGACUCUCCUGGAUAUGGUCUCAGAGAGUGAUAAAACCAGAACAGGAGGACCAAAAGCAGUAUACCCGGAACAUUACACCAUGUCAAAGAUGCUCACGGGCAUCAAAGCCGGUACCUUGCACCAGGGCAUAUUCAACGUAUCGAACUACAACGCCUUGGAGGGAAGUGUGCACGUGCCUGCAUUUGAGCGAGCACUGCUCAUUCUCGGUCGAGAGAACUCGAAUCGAGCCGUCAGUGGAGACACCGUCGUGGUGGAAGUCUUACCCAAAGCCCAAUGGAAAACUCCGUCGUCCCAGGCCAUCGACGAGGAAACACUGGCGAAAGAUGACGACGCGGAAGCCGAGGGCGAGACCGUAUUCAGUGAACGUGAACGGCGACUCCUCAAUGACGAGGUUAAGAGGGUGCAUGGCAGUACACUGGAAGGGAAACCCCAACCCACCGCACGAGUUGUUGGUGUCAUCAAGAGAAACUGGAGGCAAUAUGUCGGUCAUGUUGAUGGUAGUUCGAUCCGAGUGGCCGAAAAGCAGAACCGGGCGCAGCAGAUGGUGUUCCUCAUACCAAUGGACAAGCGGAUCCCCAAGAUUCGCAUUCGAACACGACAGGCAGGAGAGCUGGUUGGCAAGCGGCUACUUGUCACCAUUGAUAGCUGGGAGCGUGAUUCAAGGUAUCCCGUGGGCCACUUUGUGCGGUCCUUGGGAGAGGUGGAGUCAAAGGAGGCAGAAACGGAAGCGCUACUGCUCGAAUAUGAUGUGCAGUACAGGCCUUUCCCAAAGACCGUUCUCGACUGUCUGCCGCAAGAAGGUCAUGAUUGGAAAGUGCCCACCAGCAAGGAGGAUCCGGGAUGGAGAGGGCGAAAGGAUCUACGAGAUCUGCUCGUUUGCAGUAUCGAUCCCCCGAGUUGCCAAGAUAUCGAUGAUGCUCUGCAUGCCAAACCGCUACCCAACGGCAACUUCGAAGUCGGCGUCCACAUCGCUGAUGUCUCGAACUUUGUGCGCCCAAACAAUGCCAUGGACAAAGAAGCCUCCAUGCGUGGAACGACGGUAUACCUUGUGGACAAGCGCAUCGAUAUGCUUCCGAUGCUGUUGGGGACAGACUUGUGCUCCCUGAAGCCAUACGUCGAGCGAUUUGCAUUUUCGGUCGUCUGGGAAUUGACGCCGGAUGCGCAGAUUGUGGGUACCAAUUUCACCAAGUCCGUCAUUCGAUCGCGAGAGGCAUUCAGCUACGAGCGAGCGCAACUUCGGAUCGACGAUGAGGGUCAGCAGGAUGAGCUCACGCAAGGCAUGCGGUCGCUGUUGAUGCUCUCGAAGAAGCUGAAGCAGCAGCGCAUGGACAAUGGAGCGCUGAACCUCGCCAGUCCCGAAGUCAAAGUCCAAACCGAGUCGGAGACGUCAGAUCCGGUGGAUGUGCAGCAGAAGCAGCUACUGGACACUAACUCGUUGGUUGAAGAAUUCAUGCUUCUCGCGAACAUCAGUGUAGCAAGGAAGGUUUACGAAGUCUAUCCACAGAUCGCCCUCCUGAGAAGACACGCGGCACCCCCGCGGUCCAACUUCGAGGAACUUCAGAACCAGCUCAAGGUUCGCAAAGGAAUGGAGCUGCGGACGGACAGCUCGAAAGCCGUCGCCGAUUCCCUCGACACGUGCGUGGAUCCGAAGCAGCCCUUCUUCAACACCCUAGUUCGAAUCCUCGCCACCCGGUGCAUGAUGUCAGCCGAAUACUUCUGCUCCGGCGAGUACACCUACCCCGAGUUCAAGCACUACGGCCUCGCCAGCGAGAUCUACACGCACUUCACUAGCCCCAUCCGGCGGUACGCCGACCUCGAAGUCCACCGCCAACUCGCCGCCGCCAUCGACUACGAGACCCUCGACGCCAGCCUCCACAGCCGCACCAAGCUCGACGCCGUCUGCAAGAACAUCAACGUGCGCCACCGCAACGCGCAGCACGCCGGCCGCGCCAGCGUCGAGUACUACGUCGGCCAGGCGCUGAAGGGCCGCGACAUCGAAGAGGACGGGUUCGUCAUGCGCGUGUUCUCGAACGGGUUCAUCGUGUUCGUUCCGCGGUUCGGCGUCGAGAGUCUGAUUCGUCUGCGCGACCUGGCGACGCCCGAGCCGCAUGGCACGUACGAUGCGGACGAAUACGUGCUGACGAUCAGCGGGUCGCGGAGCGCGACGAUUGCGCUGUUUGAGAUGGUGAGGGUGAGGAUUUGGGAUGAGAAGGAGGCGUCGACGGGGAAGAGGAAGGUGAAGAUGAGUUUGUUGUGAGAGUAGGCUUUCUCGACGUUGAUCGAACGUCGGUCACAAAUACACCGAGUCAAUUUUCAGUUUCCACGUGCCGGAUUUUCUCCCUUCGUGCUAUCCCCUCGCUAUCUCCUCGCCAUCGUAUUCUCCAUCAUCGCGCAUCUCGUUCUCGCGUCUCAGCAUACUGUCUUCCAGCCCUCCGCCGCCAACUCCGGGCACUCCGCCUACGACAAUCUCCAUCCCUUCCCGCAGGCUGCGGCUACUUCGGUACCGGUCAUGUAUGCGACUCCGCACCUUAUGAGACGCUGCCGGGAGGCG